GGGUUCCGUGGAAAUUUGCUGGUUUUGGAGAGUUAAAACCGAAGAGAUACAGGUAAACAGGCCGACGAGAGUCGUGAUAUUCGAGGCGUUUGUGAAGUUUUGACGGUGUGAACCAAGCUGGGGGGCAGUGAUGGAGAAUGGGGAGGUAAAGGCCCCGGUGUGCUCCAGGCAGGUGAAGGGGGGGCCAGGGAAGGAAGGCCCGCCCACUCAAAAGGCCCCCAAGCCCCGGAGGCCCCGCUAUGGGGACAAGCACAAGAAGAAAAAGAAGCCAGUGAACCCGGCCGAGGAAGGAGGCUGUGAGGCUGGGGAAACCGCGGGCCCCGACUGCAACGGCACCACGGAGCUGGACGGGGAGUUCCAGCAGAACACAGCAGAGGCAGAAGCACCCCAAGGGGGGGCAGGCACACCUGAGGAAGAGGGAGAGAGCUGGGACACCCUGUUCAACGACGACGGCGACUGUCUGGACCCGCACCUGAUCGAGGAGAUCUCACUGACGGAGGGGAAGAAGAAGAAAUCCAUCCAGGAUCCACAGUUCGACUACUACAACUACACCGUGGAGCGGGAGGUGGACCUCUUUGAAGACGAGCUGUCCCACAUCCUGGAGAUAUACGACUUCCCUGUCGAGUUCAAGGUGGAGGAUCUGAUGCGUGCCUUCCAGCCCUACCAGCAGAGAGGCAUUGACAUCCUGUGGGUGGAUGACAGGCACGCCUUGGCACUGUUCUCCAGUCCAAUAACAGCCAAAGAGGCCCUGAGGUCGAAGCACCCGAUGGUGAAGCUGCGAUCCCUGUCGCAGGCAUCCGCUGCUAGCAAGGCCAAGGCCCGCCAGUGCUCAGAUGACGUCCUACCUGCCAAGGAGCGACCACAGACCAGUGCCGCUCUUGCCCGUCGACUGGUGACCAGCGCCUUAGGUGUGAAGAGCAGGCAGACCAAGGAAGAGCGCGAGGUGGAGAAGAAGAAGCUGCAGGAGGCACGAGAGCAAAAGCGCUUGGCAGCAAAGCAGAGAGAUGACGCCUGGGAAGGGAAGUGAACCAAGAUGGAUGGAUGAGAAUGAAGAUGCCCCCCCCCCCCCAAUUCCUUAUAAACUGCCAGUGAAUCCCUCACCCACCCCCCAAACACACGUGUGACCAUGAAGGGGUGCAUUUGUGCGCAUGCAACUCACAUGCCGAAGCAGAGGGCUGGCACUUAGAGCUUAUAUAGACAUUUGGAGCAGGCCCCGCUGCGGUCACAUGACCCGCCAUGAUCACAUGCCCCGCUGAGGUCACAUGACCCGGUCGCAAAGAAACACGGAGGCUUUUUUAAUAGAAUGUAGCCAGACAAUGCCACGAAGGCGGCAUUUUUAGAAAUGCAAUCAAAGCCAGUCAAUGGAGAAAUUUUCAUUAAUUAUGACCCAUUAAGCUAAUAAGCUGUUCAUUAAAAAUAUUGGGUAUGUACAUAGUUUUUUUAAUUGAGAAAAUGUAUCCAAAACUUUGUUGCUAUGUUUCCAAAAAUAGCAGGUUAUUUAUUUUUUAUGAUUUUCAAAGGCCAUGUUAGCAUUCCUAUCAGCACGACAGUCAAACAGUUAGUGAAUUUAAGCCAACCGGUGUUAGCAUAACAAUGCUGCCUAGGUGAACCCCAAAAGCUCACCAGCUCCUUCCUGGCUGUGGUCUAUGAUUAUCUGGGUAUAAGCCCUUAAUUUUCAUUAUCUCUACAUUUGAGUGCUUGAGGUGUGGGAUUGUACAGCUGUCAGUGUGAACCAUGUGACCGGCUUGUUUUAAAGGAACAUCAAAUAUUUUUUGUUUCUAAUAUUUUUGGCUACCUUUUGAUUUUUUUUUUUACCCCUUUCAUCUACUGUGAAGUUGGUGCACUUACUCUUCUGUCAUGAAAUAAAUGGUUUUAAGAAGUU